AAAGAAGAAGCUGAAAGCCAACCACGCGAGCCCGUGAGGAGUAGGUUGGCAAACCCGAGAGAUCGAGUCUAAUGAAUGGAGGCGAAGCUGGAAAGGAUGGAAAGAAGAGUGGAGGAGAAGAAUGACAAGGAGAAACCCCUUGCAGAUUCUUUGUUCACUACCAGGGUCCACCUGACACCAUUUCCACGAAAGCGGAAGGAUGAGGUGGACAAGAUCGAGGAAAUGGAUUACAAGACGAUCUUGUCUCUUUUGCUGAAUGGCCUUCGUGUCGGGGAACUAUACAAAGAGUUCUGCCGGAGACCCCCUGCCACAUACAAAGAGGCCUAUCACACGGCUUGGAAUUCGCCGAAGUUGAAACCCAGGACCGGGCAAAGAAGGAGGCUGAGCACGGUCAUAAACCCAAACCGGUGCAGCCGCAGUGGCAGGUGUCUGAUCUCCCAUCUUCUUCCUGCCGCAGCUCUCCAGCCGCAGGUCUCCCAUCCGCAGCGCCGCAACUCCAACACAGGCGACUUCAUUCUCUACUCCGGCGGAUUUCAGAACUUCAGAUUUGAUCUGGCCGGAGUGGAAGUGACGGUCCCUACAACCGACCAGUUGCACUCCAAGCAUGCGUCUGCUCACGGCAAUGAUGAAGUCCAACAGGGCCGGCCCAAUAGGAGGACAAACAGCCCGUCCAGGCCGUUAUUUUUCACAAUGGCGGGACUGCCUAUAGAGAGCACACCGUCAUCAUCAUGCGCAAUAGGCAUAAAGCAAUCACCUAAAGAUCAAAGUGCUGCAACAGCUGUGGUGUCUGAUUCUAAGCCAAAAAAGAAGAUAUGUUGUGCUUGCCCUGAAACUAAGAAGCUGAGGGAUGAAUGCAUUGUGGAGCACGGCGAAUCUGCUUGCCAGAAAUGGAUAGAGGCUCAUCGGAUAUGCCUUCGUGCUGAGGGCUUCAAUGUUUGACCCUGUCCGACGUAAUAAGUAUACCAGACUGAGGAUAACAGCAGUUCCUUUGUCUCAUUCUUCUNGUAUGUCCUAGUAUUCUUUGAUACAAUGAAUAUUUACUUUUCUA